AUGAAUGGUAUUUUCAGUAGAAAAGACUGGCAAGAAGCUUUGAAAUUGCCUAUUGGACAUUUACCGUGUGGUUCAGUUCAUAUGGAUAGACAACCAAUUGAAGCAUCAAUGGAAAAAUUUGUUGUUCAAUCUGCUGUACUUAUUGCUACACAUCAAGUGAUUCCUUUUGAUAUGGCUGUUAUUGAUACAUGUGAUGGACAACGAAUUUUUUCGUUUCUCAGUGUGGCAUGGGGUAUUAUUGCUGAUGUUGAUUAUGAAAGUGAAAAAUAUCGUUUUCUCGGUAAAAAGAAAUAUGAUGAAUUAUGUUUUUCAAUAUUUAUCAUUGUUUUAGGUGAAACUCGAUUUACAGUCGAAGCCGUCAAGCGGGUUCUUCGUAAGUUUUAUUAUUUGUUAUUAAGAAAAGAAAAACCAUUUAUUUCUAUACAUCAUAAAAUAUAUUCUUUUAUUCGAUCUGUUUGAUUCAUAGUGAAGUAUCAGAAGUUACCAAUGGUGAUUUUUUUUUCUUGAAAAAAAAAAUCGCAAAUAUAAGUGAAUAUUUGAUGUUGUAAUUUAUUUGAUCUUGUAUUUCUUUGCCAUCGAACUUUUCAUCUACAGAAUAGAAGUCUAGCAUCAAGGCUAUGCUCUUCUAAAUGUAAUUGAAGCCUAUUCUACCCAAAAGAACACAAAAUAGCAAUGUAAAUGAUCGAAUAGAGUAGUCUUUUGCUUACUACUUGUUUGCUUUUACUUCUUUUGUGUAUCUAAUUUCAUUUUUUUCAGAUAUUUUCGAUUAAGUCAACAAAUGAGUUUCUUUCGUUAAACGAGAAAUGUGUACACAUGACACAUAGUUGAUAGAAAUAUUUAAAAAAAACUUUAAAUGAAAAAUAUAACAUCUCACAAAGCUGAACAAUAGUCGGUUGAAAUAACGUGACUUUAUCGAACUCACAAACAAAUUGUCAGUAUGAGAUGAGUGUAAUAUUCAUUAUUGAAACGCUCAUAAGAUUCAACUAGAGUCCUGCGGGACAGUCCCGAAUCCCGAAAAAUCCCGUUUGUCCCGUCCCAUGGGAUAAACAGAACUGUCCCGAAAAUUUUUCGGGACGGGACAAACGGGAUCGGGACAAUUCGAAAAAUAAUGUUGUCCCGAAAUUUUUGAGCUUAUAUAUCGAAAUCCGUUGUAAACUUUAAUUUUUAUAUUGUUCACAAACAUUUUAGUAUUUAAAUAAAAAGUGUCAAAGAAAAACACAAAAAAACAAGCCACGAGAUACUUUAAUAUUUGUCUAUUAUCAUUC